AUGCGUCUUUUCAUUCGAGUGCAAAACGAACUCAUCAAAAAGGCCCUGGAAACAGGCAACCCAAUCAUCCCGGUCUGCGCAGAUCUAUACUCAGAGCUGUACAAAUGGAUAGCGGUGGGGUCAACCCCAAGGAAAGCGAGAUGGCUCGAGACCGGUGUGGUCCACCUCAAGAAAGAAAUAUUCAGAGAAGAGGACCUUAAAAACCGCCUAUUGGUUUACACCGACGCGUCUGGAGGAGCGGGCGGCCUAUGUAUCGAGAACUUGGGAGAAAAAGAACCAUUCUACUGGCCGAAGGGUUUCGAGUCGGAAGAUAUCUUUAUGAAAGAGGCUUACGCCAUUUACAUUAUGCUCAAGAGAAAGGGCAGCCGCCUAAAAGAUAGGAGAAUUCUCAUCAAAUGCGACAACCAAGUGGUCUGCAGUGCCCUCUACCAUGGAUCCAGAGUGGGGAGACUCAACAGCUUGAUCCACCGGAUCUAUGAGGUGGCCGAUGAGUGGAACAUCGACGUACGAGUCGAUUACGUCAACACCAAAGAACAACUAGCGGAUGAACCGUCCAGAACCUUCGACUUUAACGAGAGCGAGAUCACCGACGAGGCGUUUAAAGAAUGCUGUUCCUACUGGGGGGAAACUCCCACUAUCGAUGCGUUCGCAACGAAAGAGAAUGCUAGAGCCGAGAGGUAUAUCUCGAGAUACUCCGAUGACCAAGCAGUUGCCCGCGACUUUUUUCGUUUUACCAGAUGGAGAGCGAAAGAAGUCAUCUACGCUUUCCCGCCAAGGAAACUGGCAACGCUAGUCUUCAGUAUGAGUUCCCUUGAUGUAGACAACGAUUUGGAUUCUAACCUAACCGUCAUGGCCCCCGUCGCGCUAAGAAAGAAGGAGAAAGGAAAAGACACUUCUUUCGCAGCCAUCAGAGAGAAGUUCGAUUUGUCUUCGAGCAAACAAGCGGUGGACAAGCGCACGGCAUUACGUGUUAUAGCGGAGAAUUUGGGUCACCCCAUACUUGGUCCCUUGCUCAAGGAGAGGAAGAGGACUCAAAACGAGCUGAAACAAAUGGUUCCUAUCCUAGACCAUCUAAAGCUUAAAGCACAGGAAGCUCGGACCCUCCAGCUUCUUUACAACACGGCUCUAAUGAAUAAAGAGACGGGGGCGACCCCAAAAGGCCAAGCCGGCAUCGAUGAGGAGAGAUUCCUCAACUCCCACUCGAAAGAAAAGAUCAACAAGGAGGUGCAAACCACCAAAACCGAAAGUGACAGCUACGAAGCAGUCAAAUUGUCCCUGGAAGAUCGGGUUAAAGCCCUCGAUAAAGAAGUCCAGGAGAAGGCGGAACGCCUUAAAAUCAAAACGGCGUGUCGUGAAGGCGACACAUACUACCUCAUCCAAAGAAGGACGACCGGUUUGAAGAUGACAGUCCACCGCAACCUGGAAGAAGUGGGCCAGGAAUUCUACCAGAAGUUCGCCUCGGUGAAAGCCUUGGUCAACUUGGAUAAGAACGACGUGGCGCCGAUCAUAAGCGAGCUCCUUCGAGUCACCCCACUGGAAUUGGUUGACGACCGCCUCAUCAUUAUGAAGAUUCAAGAGAAGCUGAACGAUGAAACGCUCUCUAGACUGGAUUUCUCCAGACUCUGUUAUUCCCUGUUUACACAGGAAUGCCAAGACGAGUUCGAUAAAAACUUCCACCAACUCGCCGACAAUGAGAACAACCUCAGGAAGUUCCAACUGCCCCUCGACUCUGUACUUCGUGAAGACGAAGAAUACCGCACUCACACCCAUGCUGAUCAGAAGCGGGUCAAGUCAGUUACUGAGCGCCUCAGAUUCAACAAGGCGACAGCGGAGGAAAAGCGCUGGCUCAUUAACUACAAGAAAACCCAAGCCAACAACGAGGCCGAGUUGAAGAAGGCCACGCAAAAUGGCAACCAGCGUAAUAGAGGCGGGAGAUCGCAGCAGAAAAAGGGCCAGCAAGGUGGAGGAAACUCCAACAACAACAAGGGGAACCAGAAUGGUGGAAACCAGAACCAAAACCCCAACAAAAGACCCAACCCUAACAACAAGGGUCAGGGCGGAAACGCCAAUAACCAAAACCAGAACAACCAGUUCAAAAAGCAGAAACAAAACGAGCCAAGAGGCCCUCCAAAACAGGAACCCAAAAAGGAGCCCUGA